GAGUGGUUUCUCUCGCUUAUCGGUCGGUGGACGUAGCGGCUCGACGCCGAACUGCGCUCCGGCAACUUCUGAGUUCAUAUCCUUUGACCGGGAGGGGGAAAGUCGCCGUAGCGAGACUUGGGGGCGGUAAAGUUGGCCGCAGACCGAUGUGGCGUCUGCUCCUCGUCGAGGGUCCCGCACCGAUGCCCCGCUCCCGGACGGAGGGGGUUCUGGCUAAAGCGACACAGAGGCUGCUUUUUCCGGGUUUAUGUCGACCGAUAGUCGCACUUAGCGGCUUUACUUGGAGUUUGUAGCUGUCGGCUGGGACCCGGGAAGUUGUAGUUAGUCCCGGUGGCUCCGUUAGCGGACCUUUAUCAUGCCGAGACAGACCCCCACCCACCCACACACACUAACGGGGAACCGGGGUAAACCGAGAGCCCUGUCUGCAAAUCGCCGGACGGCCUGGACUGUGGCUCAUGUCGCCGUGAUUAAUGCGAGAAGUCCGGCGAAGUUACUGUUACUGAUUUUAAUCUGGAGAUAUUUUACAGUGUAGAAUUAUAAAAUAUUUUGUACUGUUUUUAAUAAGUUAAAAUAUGUAUUUUUAUGUUUUAACUGUAUUUUAUAUGCAUUGUAUGUUGGUUUUAGGCAUACGACAGGGCGUUCUCGUUUUGCUACAAAUUUCCACAUUUUUAUUUUAUUGCUAGUAACCCAUAGUUUUGAGAAUUCACGUGAUUAACUUCUAUCCUACUUACAAUUAGUUAAUAGGGUUCUACGCAGUGAUAGUUUCUUAAGGUACCUUUUUAGCAAUUCUAGGGACUUGUACAGAAAGAUGCUGUGAUACUGGAGUCUGAGAUUGUACUUGGACUUCAUAUCAGUUUAAAUGAUCUUUGUAAUGAACCUUUUGCUUGAAGGGGCAGGUCUCAUGGGUCUUUGUGUCUUUGUGUGCUCUUUGUCCUGCGCUCCGUAUUCUAAUAUUGGUGACAAGGUCCCAUACAUGUUUGUGGGCAUCUGUGUGUCAGAACACCCACAAUGCCUUGCUGUUUGACUCUAGGUUCAACUGCUCAUGUAGUGGAGGUCUUUAUGCAUUUCUGAUUUGAAGUACCCUCUGUAGACUACUUUAUAAAACAUCAGCAUCUGUACAUGAUUCACAUAUUAGAGAUUACGUUUUCUUUGAAAAUUCCUCCAGUAACCCUUUCUUGAUCAGGAGGAUAGAGGAACUGAACAAGGUAAGUGAAGACCGUGAAUGGCAAUGUGGAAGCCAAGGUGGUCUGUUUCUACAGACGGCGGGACAUCUCCAGCACGCUCAUUGCCCUGGCCGACAAGCAUGCCCGGGAGCUGGAGGAGGAGAUGGAGAACCCAGAGAUGGUCGAGCUGUCAGAGAAGCAGAAGCACCAGCUCAGGCACAGAGAGCUCUUCCUGUCCCGCCAGCUGGAAUCCUUACCUGCCACCCACAUCAGAGGGAAGUGCUGCGUUACCCUGCUGAACGAGACUGAGGCCCUGGCGUCCUACCUGGACCGGGAGGACUGCUUUUUCUACUCGCUGGUGUACGACCCUCAGCAGAAGACGCUACUGGCAGACAAGGGCGAGAUCCGGGUCGGGAGCAAGUACCAGGCCGAUGUUGCCGACUCACCAGGAGAAGGGGAGGAUGGUGAACGGGACCAGUCCAGGUUGGAGGAUAAGGUGUGGGAUCCCAGCAGCCCUCUGACGGAGAAGCAGAUCGACCAGUUCCUGGUGGUGGCUCGCUCGGUGGGGACCUUCGCCCGCGCCCUCGAUUGCAGCAGCUCGGUCCGCCAGCCCAGCCUGCACAUGAGUGCCGCCGCGGCCUCGCGGGACAUCACUCUGUUCCAUGCUAUGGACACGCUGCACAAGGCGGGCUACGACAUGUCCCGGGCCAUUGCCGCCCUGGUGCCCCACGGCGGCCCGGUACUGUGCCGCGACGAGAUGGAGGAGUGGAGCGCCUCUGAGGCUGGCCUGUUUGAGGAGGCACUGGAGAAGUACGGCAAGGACUUCAGCGACAUCCAGCAGGACUUUCUUCCUUGGAAGUCUCUAACCAGCAUAAUCGAGUAUUACUACAUGUGGAAGACGACGGACAGAUAUGUGCAGCAGAAACGGCUGAAGGCAGCUGAAGCGGAGAGCAAGCUAAAGCAGGUCUACAUCCCCAACUACAACAAGCCCAACCCAAACCAGCUAAGUCUUGACGGUGUGAAGCAGGGCUUGGUGAAUGGUGCCGGAGCAACUCCGGGCUCGGCAGGCCAGGCGGCAGGAGCAGGCCGGGGCUGCGAAAGCUGCUACACCACAGCCUCGCACCAGUGGUACUCGUGGGGUCCACCUCUCAUGCAGUGUCGCUUGUGUGCCCCCUGCUGGACGUACUGGAAGAAGUAUGGCGGGCUGAAGAUGCCUACGCGGCUGGAUGGCGAGCGGCCGGGACCCAACCGCAGCAGCUCAGGGACUCACGGGCAGUCUGUGAGACAUGGUUCAAACCCCAGGUUCGCAGCCAAAACCAGGCAGGCCUUCUACCUGCACGCGUCUCAGCUGACCCGGUCCGCCAGGAGGACCUGCCGGGACCUGCUACGGCCCAGACACCUCGCCCGCGUCCCGCACGCACCCGUCAACAGCGCCGCCAUCAGGGCAGAGUGUGUGGUGCGACUUCCAGAUAUCGUCAAGAGUCCGCUGCCGUCAAAGCCGAUCGAGCGGAAGCCCUUAGAGGCUGUGGUCAAGUAUCUGGAGGCCCACCCGAGCCCCCCCAAAGCCGGCCCGCCUCGCCGCAGCGCUGUUCCCACAGGCAGCCUGACGCCAAUCAAGUCCUCUCCCAUCCUCAGCCACGGCUCGCCAACCAUCCUGGGCAAGAGGGGCUACGAGCAGCACAACGGCCUGGAUGGUAAACCUAACCAUGGACAAACCAGACCGAUGGUGAGAGAACCUUCCUCAGUGGCGGAGCACUCUGCGGUAGGUCCAAAGCCCAGGCACCAUGUUGGGAGAUCCUGUCCAAGCGGCAGAAUGACCCAGGGUGGCUUCCUGCCCCCCAAAAAGAGGCAGUGCACAAACUGGACUGACCCCUGCGGAGAACUCUACUUCCUGGCGAAAGAAGGGACAAGACAAAUCAAGCGGCUUCUGUCAGCCAGACAGAUCCGGAGAGCCGCCCGGAGGCCCCACCAGCCAAUCACUGUCCUUUCCUGUCAGUCUGGCCCUUCUUUGCGUAUACCUGCCAUUGAUGAGCCAAUCGUCAUCGAAGACUGAAAUCCAUUGUAGCCAAUCAAGACAAACCUGACUCUGGUGGAUUGUGUUUAUUAUGAUAUGUAUUGGUAUAAAUAUUGUUAUUGUAUUUUUUUUGUACGAACGAUAACCGCUAUUGAUAUACAGCAAUGAAAUGUUUUGAAGCUUGUGAAAUUGUUUGCAUUCUGAACGAAUGAAGUGAUGGGACUUUGUAACAUGCCUCAUGGGUCUUUUUUAUGCAUUACAAGGAAAUAUAUAUCUAAAAAUUGGGAAAAAUGAUUUGUUUUCUUUUUUUGUAAGUUCCUGGUUAUCAGUUUUGUGAACUAGUCCCAUCUUUGUCCCAAACAGUUUAAUUUAUUGAAGGAAAAUGUGCCUUUCUAUCUUUCUCAUAACUUUUGCAUCAGCCCUUUAUGUUAUUGAAAAAAAUAAAUUGAUUAUUCUUUGUGAGAAAAAGGAUGCACAAAAUUA